GAUGUUUAUUUGCACCUUACAUUUGUUAACAUAAUAUUUGAUAUGUGAUAAUAUUUAAUUAAAAUGUAUUAUUUUCUGCACCAGUGGAUACAGCAUGAUUCUCCACCAUUUGUUCAUUUGUGUGACUGUCGUGGCUUCUGCCUAUGAAACACUCUCAGGUAGUACCAACUGUAAGACAACUGGAAGGUUUAGAUACAGUGAUCCCACAUGUAGGAAUUAUUUCUUAUGUGUUCACUCUCACGGUUCUUUAAUUGCAAGAGAUUAUGUUUGUCCCGAAUCUACUAUUUUUAAUCCUUCUACCAGUCGCUGUUCUACAUCAGCACACUGCAUAGAGGAUAUUUGUCAAAAUUUACCACCAUUAGUUACCAAAGUAGCUGACCCAAAUGGUACUGACUGCAAAACGUACAUUGAAUGUGUUGGGUCAACAAGUAACAGCCAUCCUGUUGUAAAAACAUGUGAAAUUGGCUACUUUAAUAAGGAUUUACUGAGUUGUAGUUCAAUACCAAAUUGUUGAAAAUAAAUUUUGUCAA